CAAAUGAGUACCUGUGCUGCUUUUUGACCCACCUCUGCCGACUCCUUGUAUGUGUGCGUGAUCAGGAUACAAUCCGCCGUGUUUUCGGUCCUCACACCCACUCUCCCGUUAUUUCAGAGCGCUGCUGGAGAAUCUACGACUUUACCUGGCCGGGCUGCACACCUGGGCAGACUCACCUGUCCUUUCACCGAAGGUGUUUUUUUCUCUGUUAACGUCAGAGCUGCCAAGGAAACCAGCUUUGGAGAAAGAGUUAAAGAGAAUUAAAGCAGGAGAAGCUUACGAAACAAGAAGAAAGGUGCGAGAAGGAAGAAGAGGGGACUGACACCUUCCAUUUUUUCUUCCAUAUUUGGAGUUUCCUGCUUUUGUAACUUUUCUCCCGGGUUCUAGAAGAAGCUUUUCUGUGAAUUAAGAGGGACUUGCUAUUAAUUGAGCAUGCCGAGGGCCUUUCUGGUGAAAAAGGCGAACGUUUCGCCGGGAAAGCGGAACUGGAGUGAACUCCCAGAUCAUGAACGAGGCGACGUCUACAUCCCAGUCUCCAUCUUCCCUCCAUCCACCCUGAUGAUGGAGGCUGAAGCCAGCCCCGCAGAGACGACACCGCUCUGCCUCACUAGGAACUCCCUGACUGACCUGCAAACGCACGCCGAGCUGCCGUCCAGCACCAUGCUGGGCCGACCGCAGAGCCCAGCGAAUACAACACAGGAGAGAUCGGAGGUGAGGAGGAGGACGCCAAGCGGCUCCACGUACAUCAGGUCGAAAAUCAAGGUUACAACAGGGGAGCUACCGUCCACCCCCUCUCGUCUUCCUCUCUCCCUUCCUCCCAUCCCCUCCCCUCCAUUAGUAACCCUACAAACCACCGUGAUCCCAGUCUCCCUGACAACAACAACAGCCCCUACCCCCCAAGCUGAAGCUGUCUCCAUGGCGACCAGAUCAACAGGUGAAAGUCCGAGUUCAACAGGGCCUGGGGGGAAAGCGGCAUUUGUGUGCCAGGUUUGUCAGAAGACCUUCCAGUACCAGCGGAUGUUAAACCGACACGUCAAAUGUCACAACGAGACCAAAAGACACCCGUGCACCUUCUGUGGAAAAGGCUUCAACGACACCUUCGACCUCAAGAGACACGUCCGCACGCAUACAGGUGUCCGUCCUUACAAGUGCACUCUCUGUGAGAAGGCGUUCACCCAGCGCUGCUCCCUGGAGUCCCACAUGAAGAAGAUCCACAGCAUCACCCUGAAAUACGCCUACAAGGAGCGGCGCAACAAGCUGUACGUCUGCGAGGAGUGCGGCCACACGGCAGGGACGCAGGACGAUCUGCUCGUCCACCUGCACUCGCUUCACCCCAACAGCCACCUGCUGAAGGGGAAGGCCGCCAGGAAAACGGGAGGAGUCAGAGAGGGCGGGUCGGUGGGAGGAUCGACGCCUGGGUCUCCUCAGGGUGGGGACAGCGAUGAUACGUCAGGAUCAGGUGAUCAGUAAAGGAAAUAAUGCUGAAAAAACAAUCUCAGGGAGGAGAGUGAAGGAUGCGUUUACUGAUGGACUUUAAGCUGAAGAGAAGGGGAAAGGGGAGAUGCUUGUAUAUAUGUGUGAAAGUGUGAAUAGUAUACGUGUGAAUGGAUGAGGGUAUUUGUAUAUAAAAGUCUGCAAUGAUAAAUGAAAUAAUGCAGCAAGAAGUUUGACUUUGGCUAAUAUAUUUACUGUAUAUUUAAUGGGAUUGUGAUGUGGAUGAACUCAUAAACGUGUCUGACAUUUUGCCUUAUUUGUACUGCAUGUGAAUAUUUCUUGUGGGCUACUGUGUACAGAGAAAUGCUGGUUUUGUAUUGAAAAGUGCUUUUUCAUUAA